AUGGCGUCUCUAACGCCUGGUAUUUUGCUUAAACUCUUGCAACAUCUUGAUGAUAAAGAAACCAAAGUUGCUGGCCAACACCGCUCUGCUCUUCUUCAGGUGAUUAGUAUUGUUCCUUCACUUGAUGAUGAUCCAUGGAAAAGCAGGGGAUUUUAUUUAAGGGUAUCAGAUUCUCAACAUUCAGCUUACGUUUCUGUAUCAGAACAAGAUGUUGAGUUGAUACUGAGUGACAAGAUCCAACUGGGUCAGUUCAUUCAUGUUACUCGUCUUGAUUCCGGUUCCCCUGUUCCGGUUCUUCGUGGAGUCAAGCCGGUUCCCAACAGGCGCCCAUGUGUUGGGGAUCCUAAAGAUUUGAUUUCUAGUGAUUUUCUCACUGCUCGGAACCGACCCGACCCGAAAAGAGGGAAGAAAAAUGGUGAAGUGAAAAGGGUCGAGGCGAAAACCAAAAUAAACAGAGUGGUGUUGAGUGAGGAUGUAAAAUCAAGAAGACAGUCCAUUGGGAAUGGGAAGGUGGAUGGGUUAGAGAUGAGGAGAUUGAGUUUGGAUUCAGUUAGAAGAGGAUGGGAUCGGAGCCCCGGUGAGAAAAAUGGUGCUGGAGCUACUACACCUAGGUCCAAAUCAAAAACCGGGUUUCCGGGUUCGGAUUCUCUUCCUUCUGUGAAGAAGCCUUCUUUAGAUAAAGUUUCAACACCAAGACAUUCAACUGCAAGUAUUUCACCGCUUACAAGUAGGAAUAAUAUUGUGUCACCAAGGUCAGUUAGCAAGCCCACUAGAAAAGAUGUAGAGCUUAUUGUGUCACCAAGAUCAGUUAGCAAGCCUUCUAGAAAAAAUUUAGAGCUUAUUGUCUCACCAAGAGCAGUUAGCAAGCCCGCUAGAAAAGAUGUAGAGCUUUCACAAGAUGAGACUCUUCCGUGCAAUCUGACAAAGGUGGCCCUCAGUUUCAAAAAUUGGUCUGACUCAAGGAUUUCAUGGAGUUCACUUCCAUCAACAGUUCGUGAUCUUGGCAAGGAAGUUACAAGUUUAAGGAAUGUUGCAUUUCUAUCUGCUAUGCAUGCAUUAGAAGAAGCUGCUGCCGCAGAAGGUAUCAUCCAGUGCAUGAGUAUGUUUGCAGAACUAUGUGAAUCAUCGAAGAAAGUACCUGCUGGACAAUUGGUUGAGCAAUUUUUAAACCUUCAUCAAAACAUGCAGAAAGCAGCGUCUCUUACCAAAUCAUUGGUGACGAGAACUCCUGAAGCGAAAGGCAAUGACAAGUUCUGUCUGCAGAAUGCCUUUCCAGAAAUUUGCCAUAACGUUACCAAUAAGAACACGGCCUCUUGGAUUCAAGCUGCAAUUGACUCCGAUCUUUCCAAAUUCUGUUUGUUCAUAAAGGAAGACAAGAAGGGAAAUUUGGAUAGUGAGAAAUCUCAUUACAUUAUACUAGAGAACACUCCAAAGAUUAGUGAAGCAGAAAACCAUUCGCCUAUAAUCAAGCAAAGCACUAAAACCAAUGGGCCAUCUGGUCCUGAUUCUAGUGGAAGAAGAUCAGUAUCUAAACCAAAGCAGCAUUUACCAGCUACAAGAAGAACAACUAUUGAAAGGGAAGAGUGGUCCAAAGGGAGUGGGCUGAAAGAGGCUGCAAAUUUAGCAGAAAAGUUGCUUUCUUCAUCUCGAGCUUGGUUCUUGAACUUCUUAGAAGAUGCAUUGAGCAAGGGAUUUGGGCUGGAUGCUGUAGACGGAAAUUCUGAAAUUGUAGAUCUUCUUGGUCAGCUCAAAAGCGUCAAUCAGUGGUUGGAUGACAUGCUUAAGUUAGGUAACAGAAUAGAUGAGAGGGUAGAAGGAUUAAAACAGAAGUUAUAUAGGUUCUUGCUCGAUCAUGUUGACUCCUCGAUUCUUGGAGGCAAGUAACCAGCUAUUGACUACUAACAUCCUGAAAAUUCGAUUGUUCGUUACAGAUGCUAUUAGAUUAGGUAUGUUCCAAUGACCUGAAAUAUGGUCAUUAACACCAUUGGGGUUGAUUAGGCUCUAAGAUAUUUAGAGAGGAGUAGAUAUGACAUACUGCUUCAGUAUCCAAAUGUAAAGAGGAAUUUAUCUUCAUAUUAAACUGGAGAAAGAAAAAC